AUGGGCGAGACGGAGAGCCCCAAGGACACCACGCACCACCGGUCGGCCUGUACCGAGUGCCAGCGUCGCAAGCAAAAGGUAUUUGAGUCCCCCGGAGCUCACCUUCACUUCACCAUCCCGUUCCAGCCAGCAGCCUCGACCACCACGCCUUUGCGAGCGAGCUGUCGUUUCCCUCGCCCCGAGAAGAUGCCACAAAGUCUCCUGUCCUGUAGUGUACAGACCACUCCGCCAAAGAUGUCGCAUCUGACCGUCGAAUCUAGUGCAAUCGAGAAUGGCCAUGCAAUCACUGCCAGAAACGCAAAGUCGCCGACAAGUGCCGCUUUGGCCAGAGCCAGCCCAGUCAGGACAAAGCUCCACGCCAUGAUUUCACUCGGAAACGGCAAUUGA